GUUGGCCGCACCCGUCGCAUAUGCAAGAGGGCCAGGUAUGCAAGGACAAGAAUGAUCGCGAUGAUGAAGAUGAUGACUUGGGUGAUGGUGUGCCUGCUAGCACUUCGGGGCUUAAGAUGCUUUCCUUCGAGACCUUGUCUAUGGCUUCGGGAUCCAGCAGCUCCUCAUCCGCCACGCUGUCCAGUGGCAGCCUGUCAAGGAGUGAUUCCGAGGUGAGUCGUUUGGCUUCGCAGCUACAGGGACUUCGUUUGGUUGGCAAGAAGGACUCUGCGGUUUCCAAUGUCACGACUACAGCAAGCUUGCGUGAUUUUGAUCGAAAGCCAAAUGCUGUAGCCAAGCCUACGGACUCGAAAGAGCUUCCUGCUAAUCCCGGAAAGAUCUUGGCUUCCAGUGUUUUCGCUGAGCUUGCUGCAGCACUGCCUGUCGAAGCUUCCAAAGGCUUCCCCUUGAGCAAGCAGUAUGCAGGGGCCUUCGCCGCUGGGGAUGACGAUGAUCAUCAUUCCGAGGCACCUGAGGUUGCUGAGCCGGUGUGUAAGAAGGCCAGAUGGGUGCCCGCAAAGAAUGAUGAGAAACCGAAGAGCGAGUCAGGUUCCAAAAAAACGGGGCCCACAAAGGAUGAUGAGAAUCCGAAGAGCAAGGCAGGUUCCAAAAAAACGGGGCCCAACACGAAGAAACCUUCAGCUUCCGAAGAUGCACCACUUGACCCAGACUUCGAGCCUUACCUCCCGAACCUCUACAGUGAGAAGCGGUUGGCUUUCAUCGAUGCUAAUGCUGUGCAGUACGGUAAAAGGGAGGCGGCCAAGAUGUGGAACACGUCGCUUCAGAAGGCUAAGAUGCUGGCGGGUGUGGGCUUACGGGAGCUUAAGAAGAGGAAGUUCGUGCCGAAGGACACUGCCGAAAAUCCGUUUGUCAAGAUCGUCAAGCAGGGCCUCCUCGGUAGUUGUGACCAUAUGGUUGUGUCUGAGCUGCACGCGAUGCGGGCACCGCCCAUCCUUAUGCUUAUCGUCAUCAUGCUGAUGUGGUACCCUCGUGCGGAAUGUGUUCAGGACCGGGACUUCGUCGAGCUCUUUUGUGGGAAGAUGGAGAUAUCUGCCGCACUGCGGCGUGCAGGACUCCGCGGCACCUCCCUCGACAUCGAGCUGGAUGCACGGACAAUGGAUUUCCUGAAGCCGGCGGGCUUUCUGAGCUACACGAGGGGCUUUGCUGAAUUCCUGGCUGGUAUCUUCCUGGAGCUCCGGUCGGAGCCCUUCUUUCCUGAGAACCACCGGCCGGGAUUGGGAUCUGAUGCUCUGCGGAAAUCCGACUACGAGCUCUUCGUGCAGGCUCAAGCCGUCGACGUGCUAUUGUACAUCUCGAAAUCCAAAUCCCUGCAGCUUCCUGGAAACUGGGCCAAUGUGCUCCAGAUGGUUGGCUUGGAUGGCUGCCGUGAGAAAACCGUGAAAAAUGUGAUUUCACGCACAGCACUUUUCCACGAGGAAGAGAAGCCGCAAGUGGCCGAUGUCAUGGCUAUGCUUAAAGCAAAGGGAUUGCUUAAUCGUGCUCCAGAGGCCGAAGCUGCAGCUGCUGUCGAGGCGAAACCGGAGGUGCAAGCAGAGCCUACGGUUGAGAGCCGGGUCCGGAUUUCGGGCAAGCGCAAACUCGAAGAAGCUGCCGCUGAAGCCACGAAGCCCAAGCAGAAGAGGGUAAGUGAACCCCAGAAUCCAGAGGAUGCCCAGAAGAUACCCGAGGAUCAAGCCCAGAAGAAGAAACCCAAGGAUCAGUCCCAGAAACCCAAGGAUCAGUCCCAGAAGAAAGGCAAGGAUCAGUCCCAGAAACACCAGGAUCAGUCCCACAAGAAAGGCAAGGAUCAGUCCCAGAAACACCAGGAUCAGUCGACCCAGAAGAAUCCCGAGGAUCAGCCCCAGAAGAAUCCCAAGGAUCAGCCCCAGAAGAAACCCAAGGAUCAGUCGACCCAGAAGAAACCCACGAAGGUGAAGGAGCCAGCUGCUGCCGAGGCCGAUGCCGACGAGGGAUCCGAGUCGUCGUCGGAGGGUCCUUUUGUGGAGUGGCCACCCGAGAAGCCCAUCGGGCCGUUCUUGGAGGUGGGGCUUGAUGUGAUGGUGGAUUGGGCAAACUUGGACAACGUCUGGCAGGCUUGCAAGGAGUCAGAGAAAGACUUCUACAAAAACCUGGAGUAUGAGGAGCUCUUGCAGAUGAUGGAGACUGCUCUCGGUCCCAGGCCUAAGCACGUAGUGAAGCCUGUUGAGGUUGAAGAUGAUGGUGCAGUAGCUGCUGAGGAGAGGCACCCAGGCCCCGUGUUGGAGGACAGUUCUCUGAAGCAAACAGAAGAGCAAGAACAGUCUGAGGAAGAAGACGGCGACGAUGACGAGCAAGACGACUUAAUGGAGGAACAGGAGGAGGAACAGGAGGAGGAACAGGACGAGGAACAGGACGAGGAACAGGACGAGCUGCCGAAGCCUAAGCAAGCAAGCCCCGCGAAGGUUAACGACUGGAAUGGUGUCCAAAGCCCUGCCACAAAGAAUGAGACCACCCGGAGCCCCAAAGAGGUGAUGCCAACUGACCUGAACAACAAGUUCAAUGGUGUCCAACGGUCGAACUCCGAAAGGUCGAUGACAACCUUGAUUCUGGGUGCCCAGCAGGCCAACGACCAGGCAUACGCGUUGGUGAGUGCAUCUCAAGUUGCAAGCGAUAGCGACCUACGAAGUCUCGUGACAACGAUGCAGUCAGAGAUCACUAGGUUGAAGGCACUGCUGGAUGCGAAGCCGGCCGCCUCGCCUGCCAAAGCCUCGGUCGAGCCCGAGGAGGGUGAGCCCCAGGGUGAGAAGGAUGAAGAGGGUGAGGAGGAUGGGGAGGAGUAUGAUGAAGGUAAUGAGGAGGAGGAGGGUGAGGAGGAUGAGGAGGAAGGGGUGUCAGACCACGAAACCCCGCCGCCCAAGCGUGCAAAGCCUGCUGAUUCGGUUGCCAAAGCCAAGAAUCCUAAGGGGCCCAACUCAAGCUCCCACCGUGCUGAAUGGAUGAAAUUCACUCGCCGAAUGGACAGCCAGGGCUCCGAAUUCCCCGAAAUGACCAAGAUGUGGAAUGGAACCAAAGAGGAACAGCAUGCAGUGUUUGCACAGUGGCUGGAGAAGGAGAUGAACAUGGGCAACACCGAGGCCCAGCUGAUCAUUACCAAGUCGAAAUCCGCAGAGGUGAAGAGCGGCUACGAGGAGCUCACCGUCAAGGAAAUGGUGAGAAGAGGAUUCAGUGCGACAAAGAUCGAGAGCAUCGUCAGAAAGGGUGGAACCCCUGACCCCGAUGCCCCUCACUGCCUCGAAUCCAUCGUUUACCUUUGCCGGAAGAAGAGGGACGUGGACGAAUCCGAGAAGAUUUCCCAAACCGGAGAAGUGAAAGGAAAAAUCAAGGCCAGUGCCAAGGCCGUGGCCCUUCUGAUGCAUCUGACUGGAAUGCCGGCUCCAUCGGGAGCGGCCUCGGGCAGCACCGAAGCUGUUUUGCAGAUUGCUGCGAAUGUUUUCGCUGCGGGCGAAGCUGGCGCCGCCCCGAAGAAGCUCCCGAAGGCCAAGGCGAAAUCCAAGGGAAAAGCUGCUCUCCAAGCCCCCAAGACAAUCAAAGACCGUUUGGAGGAUUGCCGCAAAGAGCUCAAGAAGGAGUACAAUGCGGCCAACAUAUGCUACGACCUGCCGAAAACCAACAAGUUGCGAACGGAAAUGGAAAAGCAUAAGGGCGACCUGGAAAACCAGAUGGAUCUGAUGAAAGAAUUGGAUGAUGAUGGUGCCGAGGAUUUCUUGGACGUUCGACGACGUCUAUCCUACGAGAUGAACUUGCUAGCCAAAACCAUUGGCCGUGGGUAUUCAUCAGUCAAGCAUGCUGCAGAGCUUGCAAGGUUUCUUCUGUUUCUCUGCCAAUGCUGGAUGAUGAUCACAAUGUUGUCUGGCGUUGGUGCGAUGGCCCGUGCCGGUCAUCUUGAUAUGCUGGUCGCUGACUGGGAUAUGGUUCCCGGCUACUGGAGUGAUGAAGCCACUGCUGUGAACGAGCAAUGGAUGUUUCUUAUGUUUACGAGUGAUCUGUGCCCUUCGCCGGGAAACUCUGUGGCCCGGCUAUAUGCCUUCGUGACUGGCUUUCGCGGGGACUGGAAAGCACUUCGACAAGCUUUCAACUUCAAUCGGUAUGCCGACCGCGACAAGGCCGGUUUUUUUGGUGUGGGAACCAUCGAGCAUUCACUGGCUGAAGCUACACGUCGGCUUAAGCUGUAUGCCAAACAGAAGAAGCUGAACCUUCGCUUGAAAAAGCUGACGAAGUCGAAAAGUUCUGGCUUUGACACCUACAUCGUGCAGCAAUGGGUGCUGCAUGAAAUCAGUUCCGUUGCAGACUCGGGUUUGGAUGGAAACUUGGUUCUGGCUCUUUGGGCCAGCAAUCAUUGCAUUUCACUGUGGUCGAAUAAUGGAACCCGUUGGCUGAGUGACGAUGAGAAGCGGAAUGUCCGCGAAGCUGGGGUCCUGUACUUGAGAUCCUAUAUAUCUUUGGCCGAGAAGGCCAUUGAAGAGCAGAGACGAUUGUACCGCAUACGCCCAAAGCUCCACUUGUUGCACCACCUGUUUAUAAAAGAUGGCUACGCAAACCCCCACUGCUACGCGACGUGGAUGGACGAGGAUGCCCUUAAGCAUCUUAUGCGAACUUUGAAAUGUACAGACAAAAGGACGGCCGAGGUCCCGGCCCCAGGGCCGACGAUCGUCGAUGAUCACAUAGGUGUACGGCUCAAGGUUUCCGCUCUGAUGCCCAUGCUGCGUGUGGCUCAAGCGUUUGUGAUGCUCUUGAUGCGUUCUCAAAAGUUUUUGAUGCUAUGCCCGGGGCGCCCGCGGAGCGGUGCUGCACUCGCCUUCGCAGCGCUUUGGACUAUGAUUUCUUGGCUAACCCCAGGGGAAUGCUUGAGAGAUCAUGCGUUCCACAUCAUGGAAGAUGUGGGAGGGAUGAUCCGAAUGGCUGAGUCCCUGCCGACGGACGAGUACUACUCGUUGCUCCGAGCGGACAUGGGAGCGAAGCACCCCAAGGUCGACCCUCGCCUGUUGGAUCACUUGGAAACCCUGGAAGCUUUCUUGGAUACGUCCAUAAUGGCCGGCGUGAGCUUUGGGACGGAGAAGGCUAAGAUAGCAGUGACCGAAGGAGAACUGCUGGGUCACGUGGUCGGCAGGCGAGGUGCGUCGGUUCAGAAAGAGAAGACGCACGCGAUAGUGAGGUUUCCGCCGUUGAAAGAAAAGGUGCAGGUGCAGCAGUUCCUUGGCUGUACCAACUUUCUGCGGUACUACCUCCAGCCCCAAUACGCGCAUUGCGCAAAGAUUCUUGGCGACUACGUCAAAGGGAAGGAAUUCCCUGAGGCGGGCUUGGGGCCUGGAGAGUCGUUGGGAGAUCUUGCUGUGCGCGCUAUCAAAUUGAUGGCGAAGCGCACAAUAGAACUGUCUGUGGUAGAUGAGAUCGCCGCGAUCUGUGGGCAGCGACCGCUGGAACAGAUCGCAGACAGUUCUGGAUACGCUGUUGGUGGAGUGGCAGUGCAGAUGCGUGAAGUCCGUCGGGCGGUGAAAGGGAUGCUAGGAUUUUCCUUGGAAGAGUUUCUUGGAGAAGAGGAGUCGGGGAAAGUGAUUCCUUGGUCUCUGCUAAGCGACGUCGAGGCCGCUGUGGAACCGGUGGACUUGAUGACUGGCAAGAAAAUGCGCCCGGGAUCCUUGGAUCGUUCCGACCAGGAUUCGGGUGCAGGGGGCGGAAGCUCUGAGCCAGCGUCGUCCCACCCGUUUUGUUGUUUUUCUCGGAUUUUGGCUGAGUCCGGGGCGGUUCCAGUCCUGAAAGUGUUGUAUGUACCAGACUACUGCACAGAAGGGGAACGCCUGAGUAAAACCACGGAGCUGAGCAAGUUUUUAGCGCGAAGUUUGCCGGGUUUUCAGCCGAGAAUCUCGUUGGAAGAACCCCCGUUUGAGGAUAUCGACGGGACAGGACUGCAUUUUGAGCGGCAAGGCAAGGCUCGGCUUACUGGUCGGAAGCUAGCCAACGCGGUCAGGGUUGACCUGUUUACAUCAGUAGCGAAGUUGUUGCGCGAACUGGUGACUCACCGCCCCGCGGUGGUGGUGGGAAGAGGCCAGGGGGCGGUCGUGGUUUUGGCUGCCUCCAAGCCCUUGAUCGUUGAGGCCGUGCUGCUGGCAAGGGUUUUCCAACGGGAUGAGUGCCGAGCGGUGGCAGCGGCCUGGGGAGCCGUUAAACUGGCGGUGGCGGAGGUCCCAAGGCUGAGUAGGGCGAAGCCGGGUUGGACGGUGCUUUGGGAGGCUUGUCCUGAGUUCAAGCUCUCCUCCCCUAUUGAGCCGUGGCCAGUGGAAGCUGUGUUGCCCAAAGGUACUCCAAGCGUAGUGGAACUUAAGUCGGCGUGUGAAGACUUGAAGAUUUCCGUUGCGGAAGCGAUGGGAACUACGGCUUGGGGCCCUUGGCUGGAACGCGAAACGAAGGAAGCCUGGGAGCACAGUGGAGUCUGCGCGUGCGGACGAAGAACCGCGUUGUUCGGCCAAUGUAUGAAGUGCAUCGCUGAAGAUCUGAGUGAGGACCGUGCCUCAAUAACACCCGAAGCGGGAUCCGUUCCUGGCAUCGAGGUGUUGGCCGGUGCCUCGACAGAUGUCUCUCGUACGGAGCUCUGCCGAGGAGAGCUUCGGACUUGGCUUUCCAGUGGUGACCGAAAGAGCCUGCUGAAAGGAAUGGUUCUGGUUGAGGUCCGCUGGAAGCGAGGAGAGAGGCUGUUGGUGGAGAAGCCCGACGGCUGCAGGAACCGGAGCGGUGUGACAGUGUACGCCUUGGAUGGAAAGCUGCCCUUGGAGCUGUAUCACGUAGUGAGUCCGGAGUGGCCGUUGGACCUCACCCAGCGGACUUUGCACGAAAUUGCCCAGUACGCGAGAGAUCGUGGAGGCUUAGACGAAGCCGGCCGCGACUGCAAGGAAGCCUUGGAGAGCUUCUUCGCGUUCGCCGGCCACUAUGCCCGAGGGCUUGUGGUAACUUGGGAGCAAUUGCCCGAGCGUUUCCGGAAGGGACCGGAGAGCAACGUGCUAUGGUUUGAAGAAAGACCGGAAGGUGGUUGGACUUGGAAGUUUGAGAAGGUCGGCCCAGGGCAUCAACCGAGAAUUGAAGGAAGAAUUUAUCUGGUGCUGGGGGCGGAAACGCGCGACCGAGACCGACUGUUGUUGGUCCCCGGGUCGCCGCCUAUCCCUUAUAGUUUCCAGAAAGAAGGAGCAGCUCCGAGGGACUCGAGAGGGUAUCCCUCCGAGUCCUCGGACGCUGGAGAAAAGGCAGUUAGGGUUCCGGAGCGUUGGCUGGAAGAUGCGGCCCGCGAGCGAGAAAGGACGCGGGGCGAACUGCAGGACCAGACAGACUUCAAAGUGGGAGUCGACCUCCGGGUGACUUGGGCUGCUGAGCAGAAGAAAGACCAAGCCCUCGUUCCUCUGAUAGCUGGUUGUCGUGAAAAGGACCGGGAGAUCGUCGAGCGUUUUCAAAUCGGAGAUGACGGAGUGCUGGAACGCCUCGUUAAAAUCGAUGAAUGGGAAGUGGCUCGAUGGGUUCCCGUGGUUCCUAACGGCAAGGCUUGUGGGGAUAUGACUUGGAAGGAGUUUUGCUUCCGGCAGGCGCACGUUGGACUUAUGGGAGGGCACAAGAAUUGCCGUGACACCCAGCGAGCGCUAAAACGGAUCUGCUGGUGGCAAGACAUGAUGAAGGAGAUUGAAGUGAUGGUGAACGAGUGCCUCACUUGCGCAAAAGGGCGGAAGAGACCAACGAAGCAGGAGAGCGUAAGCGUGAAGCCGACGAACCUAGAAUGCUGGGAGGAAGUGAUGGUGGACUUCGAAGGGCCAAUGCUGCCUGCGGACGCAGCAGGGAACCGAUAUGUUCUCUCGUAUGUGGACAUGGUUUCCCACAGUGUUCUCUUUGAGCCGUGCCGGGACCUUACCAGGCAGGAAGUUCGUCGAGCGUUUUCGAAGCUGAUGUUUCGAUCCCGCACGGCGCCCCGGGUUCUGAGAUCGGAUCGGGGACAGGAAUUCGGAAGCGUUGUCUUUCAGGAGUACUGUGCCGUGGUUGGGAUUCAGCAGAAGUUUGCGGCCCCUCUUCGUCCGGUUGAAAUGGGAGCUUGCGAGCGGCUUCACCAAGAAUCGCAGAAGCUGCUCGGGGUUUUGCUUCAUGAUGUGUGUGGGGCUUAUCCGCACGAAUGGAGCGAACUCCUCCCCGUGGUAGAAUUUCUUCUGGCCACGACGCCCACGCAAGCGGGAAUAGCUCCGCGUGACCUGGAAAGAGCUUGGUCCAUGGCGAUUCCUUUGGAACGGGACCUGGAGCCUUUUACCGUACCUGAAUGGGAACCCGUGUCAGAGUACGCGGCUCGACUGUUCAGGCGAUAUAGGGAGCUCCGGGUGAAGGUCCUGAACCACCGAGCCGAGGAGUCUGCUAAGCGAGCCUCCCUGCUCAACCGCUACAGGGUGUCCAAGCAGCUCGCGGUGGGUGACGUGGUGGUCCUUCGUGACCCCCGCACCACCUGA